AUGAACACAACUAUAGAUUUGUUUGGAGCAGAUGAUCCUGUCAAAUCGUUAGCACCCUUUACGGUUAGUUUAUCAGAUAGCAACAGUCCUCCUAAGUAAUGCAAUAUAACAAAUUAUCCUGCUUUAUAAUAAAUAAAAUAGAAUAGAAAAAUACUAUAAUUCUCAAUAUAUCAAAUAACUCAAAGAGAACAUUAUAAUCCAAGUUAUUUGUAAACUCGUUCUCCAAAAAAUUAGUAGCUUUAUAAUUUAUUUUUUACUACAAAAUCAAUCCAAUAAAAGAAAGCAUAGUUUAGUAAAUAAUUCUGCUAGAAAUACAAAACUCUAACUCAUAAUGAAUCAAAUUAAUAGGAUAUUUAUAAAAGAGUAGAUUUUAAAUAAAAGAUUUUAGAAAGGAUAUCCUAAAUUAGAGAUAGAAGUAUCACUUGUAAAAUGCCAGAAUCUAAUCAAUUUAAUAUCAAUUAAACUUAAAUUUCCUUUCUAUAACCAGAAUUUAAGAAAGAUGAUUUCUUCACUUAACGACCCCCUUAAUCAAGAGUUAAUUCUUCCUUUCAAAAAUGUAAGAAAAUAUGUUUAAUUAAACCUGCUGGAUGUACUUUGGGAUUAAAUGUGGAAAAGUGUAAAAUCAUUGAUAGAAUAAAAACGAUUUCAAUGUCUCCUUAAGAAAAACCGUAUAAAGUAAAAACAUUCAAAAUCAACAAUGUUUAAUUAAGGCAAACGGUUGGUAAAUCCAAUAUCUAAUAGUUGAACAUAAAAAAAAAAUCUUCAAUUCCCUUGACUAAAUGGGAAUAUUCUGAUUUUGAAAAUGAUUGA